CUGUGAGGCGGGAUGGCUGCUCGAACCGCACUGCUGCUAUUGUUGGGGGCGGCAGGGGCAGGCCCGGCCCCGGCACAAGGGUCGCGAGGAGACCGGGAGCCCGUCUACCGAGACUGCUUGGCACAUUGCGAGAAGCGCAACUGCUCCGGGGCCGGGCUGCGACACUUCCGCUCCCAGCAGCCGCUCUACAUGAGCCUCACAGGAUGGACUUGCAGAGAUGAUUGUAAAUAUGAAUGUAUGUGGCUUACUGUGGGCCUUUAUGUCCAGGAAGGAUACAAAGUGCCUCAGUUUCAUGGAAAGUGGCCCUUCUCUCGUUUCCUGUUCUUUCAGGAGCCAGCUUCUGCCUUCGCUUCACUCCUAAAUGGACUUGCCAAUUUAGUCAUGCUGAACAGAUACAAAGCUGCCGUCCCACCUUCUUCUCCCAUGUACCAUACCUGUAUCGCCUUUGCUUGGGUUUCUUUGAAUGCCUGGUUCUGGUCUACGAUUUUUCACACUCGAGACACAAAUCUAACCGAGAAAAUGGACUAUUUCUGCGCUUCAGCUGUUAUCCUUCACUCUGUAUAUUUAUGUUGUGUUCGGACCCUGGGGUUAAAACGUCCAGCUUUUGCCACCGUCUUUGGGGGUUUCCUGCUCCUCUUCCUGGCCUGCCACAUCUCAUACCUGACGCUUGUGCGGUUUGAUUAUGGCUACAACAUGGCUGCCAAUGUGGCAAUCGGCCUCCUCAACCUCUUCUGGUGGUUGGGCUGGUGCAUGAGGAACCAGCAACGCUUGCCAUACGUCUGGAAGUGCGUGGCAGUUGUCCUGCUUCUGCAAGCCUUGGCUUUGCUAGAGCUCCUGGACUUCCCGCCGUUGUUUUGGGUCUUCGAUGCCCAUGCGAUCUGGCACAUCAGCACCAUCCCUGUCAACAUCCUUUUCUACAGUUUCCUCGUGGACGACAGCCUCUAUCUCUUGAAGGCCAACUCAGACAUUCUUAAAAUAGACUAAAGCCUUUAGUGCAACACAGAUUGGGGGAGAGCACUCGCCUCUUUAAAGGACACCCACUGGUCAUUUCCAGCAUUCGAGGAGCUGGGCUUGCUUUGCUUUGAGAAGUGGUGACAGUUUGGACUUCCUCUUUUCCUUCUACUCUUAAAGUGUCCAUAUCUGGGUUUUUUUGCCAUGAUGUAAUACACUGGUUGCCUUUCUCCUGGAUGUAUCAGGAUAUACAUCUUUCCUCCCCAGGAACUUGGCUUGAGGGUACAUCAUCGUACCUUCUGGAUGUUUUUUUUGUGUGUUUCUUUUGAGGGAGAACCAGGGACGGUCUCCCUCUUGCCUUGCUCGCCUUGAUUCCUUUUCAGUUUAGUGUAGUUUAGUUUUGUGAGUGGCUCUGCAGCAUUGGAUCUGCUAGUCUGAUGGGCUCUACUAAAGGGACUUCAAAAGUAUUGUGGAAGAUGGUGGUGAGCUGAGAACAUUUGGAGACCUUGUUUGCGCUGUGUCAACUGCUUCAGGAAAGAAGAGCAUUAUGUUGCCUGCUUGACAGAUUACCCUUAACUGUCUCAUCAGAAGUAACUAUGCUAUGAAUUCUGCUUCCUCCCUUUUAAACAAGUGGGAAGAGAGGAGAGAUGCCAAGUUGCAGAGAUUAAUUUCUUAAAAGGAACAUGCUGGGGUUCAACCCUUUCCAGACAGUGUAUCCUCUGACCUUUAACUGUUGUGUGCACCCACUCACAAAACUCACUUGGACCUCACCCCCCCCCCAACUCUGUCUUAUAUUUGUGCAAACUGGCUGAGAUUGCUCCUGGAUGGCAGGGGCACUCUUCACAUGCUCAACUGCACGCAGCUCAUUAGGAUCCCAGCACCAAUCUCUGACGUUAAUAAGCGGGCUCCAAGACAGGAGCCAUGGGUCAAAUUGAGGCCAGUUGGGUAGAGAAGAUGCUUGUGAGGAUUUGCUUCAUUUUACAAAAAGGAAAAAGGGGUUUCACCAUAAAGAUCAUUCCUACCAAGAUGUGGAAGCUUUGUUUUUUCAGGCUUUACAAACACCAGGCUGAUUCAGAGAGGAAAUCAUGGAUAUUUGUCUUUUUCUUUGACCCAUCUGCUCUUGUUUUUAAAAUAGCAAUACAGACGUUGUAGAUUGGACUGGGGAUUUUUGUGAUACGGAUUGCCUUGCUGCUUCUGACCAAAGUUCCGUCUCAUCCAGUUCUGUGUCUCCAGCUGCCCCUGAGAACUUCAUAAAUGCAGCGGGGUGGAGCCCCUGUUCCUAGUCCUCAGUCUCCGGUACAAUGAAGUCUGCUACCUCAGGGAAGUGAAGGCAGCUUACCUAGGAUUUCCAGGAGGUCACCUAUCCAGCCACAGAAA